GAUCUCUCAAAAUCCAAUCAAACCGCCUUUGUGCCAUCGUUAUCCUGAUAACCUUCACCGACAUGAAUUAUAUCUCUUUCUCUCACUCUCUAUCGUCUUCACUUCUUUCGAGUUCCAUUUACCUGUCACAUUUUGUGCCUCCAUUGAUCCAUUCGAUCCCAAUUCCCAAACUCAUACUUUAUCGUUUGUUGAUGUUCUUACUUUUACAUUCAUGUUAAUCGCAGUUGUCGAUUCAUUUUAACCUUUGGAAUUCAUCGUUUUGUUCCAAUUUACCAUGUUUGAUUUAUGAGCAACAGAUGAAUAUGUGGAUUUUUUAAGUACAUUUUGGUGAUUCAAACAAGAGCAGUUUUCUUCCUCUGAAUAGCUGUUAUCUAUAAUGUGGAUGCACAAGUGAUUGGGUGCUGUCAAAGGGAAUAAUGGCCUUGGUGACCCAUCAGGUUCAGGGUGUCUAUGCUCCAUCAAGGCCUUCUUGGAAGAGAGGGACCAAAUUGAGCCAAAAUUCAAAGGCAUUUUGCACAUUUCAGAAGAUAGAUAUCACCGUAUAUCUUAACAGUGUGGGCCCGCCUUUUAUCCAUGGAUCAAAGCGGAAAUCUCUAAGAGUAUCAUCUUUUGAAGGUAGUGAUCAAGGUGAUGAAUACAUAGACAGAGUGAGAGGGUCAAAAUGGGCAAAAAGUCCAUACAUCUCCUCUAAUGGAGGUUUGACAUCAUUGCCCACAUCUUCACCAAGUCAAGAUCUUACAUUCGAAGGGCAUUCCUGGAAUGAAAGAGUGGAAACAGACCAUGAGCUCAUGAAAUGUGGGAUUUUAAAGAGGGUAUGGUGCAACUUUUUGAGUUUGGAUGCAAAAAUAAAGAUCCCCAUGAUUAUAUUCAUACCCCUGUUCCUUACAGUGAACAUAAAGUAUGGUGUUCAUGUUGCAAAGGAGUUGAUCCCUUUGUGGAUUGGUGGACCUUUACUCCUUGUUCUUUACAUCAAGAUGGUCCAUGUGAUAUACUCGCUCUAUGUUUUCAGCUUCAAGCAAUCAGUCAAAUUAGUAAACAACUUUGGUCAUGGAAGAAUUCAUUUAUGGCAACAAUUUGUGUACUUUAGGAACUUAGACUACAAAGAUGAGUCAAAAAGAAUGUGGAAAGAGUUUCAGGAAUGGCUUGGGGAUAUGUGUAUGGAGUUUGUUGAAUCAAUGUGGUCUUAUCGCAGAACUGUUGGGUUUUUGAAGAUGACCAAGAUCAUAUAGGUUGAAUACGUGUUUUUUUUUUUUUUUUUUGAGUCUUUUGUUUCAUGUAAUGGUUUGUUUUGGCUAACCUAGGCAUACAGAUACAGGAAGCAAUAGAUUUGGUAAUAUUUGUUUACCAUUUCCGGAAAGAUUCUUUGAGGGCCUGUUUGUUAAUGUAAGGUUGUUCCCUGUUCGGAUAAACCUAAACCGAAUUGUCCAUUUGAGUCAAAACAACAUAAAGAGUAAAUAUGCCUAA